AUGUCGAUCCGCACCCUCGGCGAUGUCGUCACGCGCUCCCCGCCCCCCCUCACGCUCCCGGAGACCGCCACGGUCUUCUCCCUGGCCACCGCGCUUUCUCGCGCGCGCUCCGACGCGGCCGCCAUCCUCUCGGUCGACUCGAACAAGCUGGCUGGCAUUGCGACCUCGCGCGACGUCACCAAGUGUGUCGCGCGCGCCGAGGCCCUGCACCGUCUCCCGGUCGCCUCCAUCAUGACCCCGCACCCUGUCACGCUGCCGCCCUCCGAGACCCCCACCAACGCCCUGCUCCUCAUGCGCGAGGGCGGCUUCCGCCACCUCCCCGUCGUCGCCCCCGACGAUCACCGCCUGCUCGGCGUCGUCGACGUCCUGCACCUCGUGUACGACGCCGUCGCCGCCCUGCAGAAGGUCGCAGACCUCAUCCCGUCGCGCCGCGUCUUCGAGUUCAUGCGCGCCGCACGCGAGACUAUGGCCAGGCCCACCCUCGGCCCGCUCGUCAAGGAUAAUCCCGUCGCCGCGCUGCAUCCGCAUGAAUCUGUCGCGGCCGCCUGCGAGGCCCUCGUGCGUGCCCGCGUCGCCGCAGUCGUCGUCGUCGAUCGCCAGCACACCCUGCAGGGCAUUUUCACCUGUCGAGACGUCGUCAGCCGUGUCGUCGUCCCGGGCUUGGACCCGACCAUCACUAAGCUGGCGGAUGUCAUGACACCAAAUCCCGACUGCGCGUCGGCAGAGUUUACAGUUUUGCACAGUUUGCAGAGGAUGCAGGCAUGCGGGUAUAGACAUUUGCCCGUCGUCGCACCCGGCACGAGGAUUGUCAUCGGCCUUUGCGAUGUGCUGCAGCUCACAACCUCCUCCAUCAUGGAGAUGUCCAACGUGGAGCCUGUCGGCCCCAAGCAGACCUCAUCGUGGGGGGUUACAAGCAUCUUCAAUAGCCUAUUUUCGAGCUCAUACAGGGAGCAGCCCGAGCAAUUCGCCCCACAAGCGCCCGCGCGUGUUUCCUUCAAGCCUUCUAUCGGCCCGUCUGAGGCGUUGCCACGUACCCAUCCCUUGUCGACCACGAGAAGGCAAUACAGCAACAUGAGCAGCACCAUGUCGAGCGUCACGUCGUAUAGGGGCAUACAAGGCGAUGUCGCCUUGGCCUCGUUCAAGUUCAAAGACCUCAACCAUGAAUACCGCCGCAUUAAGAUGCCCAUGCCGCCCGCGCCCGGCGCCUUCGACCAGUUUGUUGUUGAUAUCAGAAGGCGCUUUGCAGGGUCGGCAAACGUGGGGCCCAUCAAGAUCAAAUACGUUGACGAGGAUGGCGAUGAGGUUUUACUGUCCAAUGACGAGGACCUCGCGUCGUGUUACGAAGACUUUCUCGAGUCCAAGAACAGGACGAUUCAUCUCAGGGUUUACGACACGGAGAGGCCGACUUCUAGUAACUUGCAGUCCCCCAUUUCUUCCAAUGCCAGCUCCAUGCUCGGCAGCCCGCGGCCAAGGGCCCUUCCGGCAAACCCCUCACAGCUCGACUACAAACAAGACCUUCUUUCGAGCGAAACCCCUCUUGUACAAGACAAGGCCUCCCCUGCGGCGGCACAAAUUCCGGAAAUGAAACAAGCGCCAAUUACCCCGUCCAUGCGCAAGGCGUCAGAAGCGCAGGAGAAGAUGAUGGACGGCAAGAUGGAAGACGCGAUCGCUCUCUACAAUAAGGCCAUACAGCAAGACCCUGAAAACGCAAGAGCACGAGGUGGACGUGGCGCCGCUCAUUUGAUAAGUGGCGAUUCCACUGGUGCAGAGGAAGAUUACCGAAAGGCACUUGAUUUACUGGAAAAAGGCAAGGGAGGGAACGUGGGGGACAUCACGUUUCAGAUGUGCAUUGUCGGUCUCGUGGAAUCUUUGAUCGACCAACGUCGGUACGAAGAAGCUGCCCAAGUAUCUACGAGUAUCGAUUCGAAAAUAGACAACCCAGGAUGUAUAGAUGCUUUCCGAGACGAGCUUGACUCUGCGGGGAAUGCGGCCCGCCAAGCACUCGAGGCGGGAGAGUUUGGCGUCGCCAUGAGUUGCUACUCGAAUGCAUUGCGCGUCGAAUCUGCAUAUCUGCAGCUUGUCGAAGAUGAACGGGGAACUGCUGGUCUUCGAUUAGGUAGAGCAAAAUGCUAUAAGGCUCUAGAAGAUUUUGAUAUGGCGUUGGAGGACUAUGAAGCAGCUGCGCUUCUAGAGCCGGAAAGUGUGGCUGCGCACAAAGGAAGCGGAAAGUGUUUGGCAGAGCUGGAACAACUUGACAGGGCCCUCGAAGCUUACGAACGUGCCCACAAGUUGGACCCAGCAGACGAGGAUGUCAACAAGGAGAUGCAGCUCAUUCGUGUCAUGCUGCCGGAUCCGCUUCAAUCGAAGAAGGAGGAGAUUGCAAAGCUUGGAGCCCUUUUAGGUGGAAUGAACCUUCCAGGAAAACAGGAUUAG